GUUCCGGUGUGUGUGUCGGAAGCGGGGCUGUCGCUGCUGCCGGGUGAGCGCGCCCGCUGCCCGCCGCGGCCAUGUCGGGGCGGCAGCCGCGGCAGGAGGAUGGGGAGAGCGCGGCGCUGCGCCACAAGGAGGAGCUGAGCCGAAGGAUUAAAGAGCAGAAGGUUGUAGUCGAUGAGCUUUCUAAUUUGAAGAAGAACCGGAAAGUUUAUAAGCAGCAACCCAACAGCAACAUAUUCUUCCUUGCAGACCGGACAGAAAUGCUGUCUCAGUCCAAAAACACAUUAGAUGAAUUAAAGAAGGCACAUCAGGAGCUGGAAAAUUCAGAAAAGGCUAAAAUCAAGAAGUAGUUGAUGUGAAUUGCCCGU